UGCAAUUUGGCAGCCAACGAUGGGGUCUUUGAAAUUGAAAAUAGUUCUUAAAGACGACAGGAGAUAUUAUACUUACGGUGAUGUUAUUUCAGGUACGGUGGUUGUUUCAGUCUCGGACAAGGCCGAUAUUCGUGAUAUUAUUGUUAAAUUUGAAGGAACUUCAAUAACCAAGAAUCAUCGGACAGUUCAGCGGACGGAUGGUCAAGGUCAAACACGAAGCGAGGAUAGGUAUGUAAUGAUUCCGAUAAAUCUCAUCGAGAUUCCUUUGAAACUUUUCCCACCUCCGGAUAUUCAACAUGUUUUGAGUAGCGAUGAGCAUACUCUCACUACAGGAAGCUAUUACUAUGAUUUCUCAAUAAAAAUCCCAGAUGAAAGUUCUGGCUUCAGAUUACCACCUUCAUUUUGUCAUCAUGCAUUGGAAGAUUUUGCUACUAUCGAAUAUGCCGUGGUUGGGGUAGCACAUAAAACCUCGGGGUUCUCUAGAACUAAGUCCGAUUUCGAAAAGGUUAAUUUUCAUCCUUCAGGGACAGGUUUAAAGAUUGAUUCAUCCCACGUUCUGAACAGAGAUGGCUUCUUGCUUCCGUCAUUUAAUACAUCACUCACCAGGUUAAAGUUUGAACCAAUCGAAUCCACUCAAAGAAAUUUUUUCAAAAGAUUGGUCUCUCAUAAAUGUAUUAAGAUCCCUUUUGAAUAUGGUAUGUCUUUCAAGUCUGGAGAGAGCAUCCAGACUGAAAAGGGAGGUACUGAGAGAAUCAUUCAAAUGGGAGCAAACUUGAAGAAUCAGAUAAGUAUCUUUUUAGGUAUUCCAAUCACGCCCGAAGCAUUUCGUGGCUUGUUUUUUGAAAAUUUUGCUGAUUCAAAAAAAGAAGCCCACCCCGAUCAAGCUAAAAUCUAUAUUACCCAUAUUAAUAUCUCAUUGAAAAGUUACGUAAAUUAUACUGCAGCUGUGACAGCGUAUGAUUUGCACUCACAGUGGACUCUUCGUGAUGAAGAUUGUGAUUAUCAAUUAGACUUGAACGAUUUCACUCCGGCUGAUUACCAUGGAGAAGGAGAUGCAUUCCGAAAAAUAAGCUCCAAAAUUGAACAUCUUGCUAGCCGGGAAAAUUUCCACAUGCUUGAAUUACCAGAACAGUUUUUCGAUUGUGAAAUACCAGACAAUUUGACUCAAUCUUUCUGUGCACAAAAUAUUGAUUAUAAUCACGUAUUAUCAAUAAACUUAAAGGUUAAAAUUUAUCCCGGUGAUCGUACUGAUAAAUUUUAUCUCAGCUCAAAUAUAAUUCUUACAAAUACUAACUCAGAACCUGCUCCUCCUAGCUAUCAGCCGAAAUAGAAUUUGAU